GGCUUUUUUUUCUGCACCUCUCUUGUGGGAUCUGAGCAAAGUGGUUGCGGGUUGCUGCGAGAACCUCCUUUCUUACCCUUAGUCGACCUUUUCAGACACGCAACAAGCCUACUGUAGUCAUCCGAUGGUGACUCUGGUCGUCCUGGGGCCUGUUGUCGAUCUUUGUGGUUCUCAAAUUCGCCUUUAUGCACCUCCCCUCCCUUUUGUUUCAUUUCUUUUCAUUUGCCCCCACGCAUCGCUUUAUCUUGUUCUUCGACCCUUGCCAGCUCGAGCGCUUAGAAUGCCGGGCUUGGACCCCAUGGGUCUUGACAAUACUCUUCCGCCAUGGUCCCAAGCUCAGUCGUUGCGGUACAGCUGCGUCUCAGUGAGCGGGUGUUUCUCCUUUCUUUCCUUGGUCAUUAAUACUAUGCAUCAUACUUUCUACUUCUCGAUUCGAUUUUUUUGUUUUCUAUUUUUAGGCCGGCGUGUCGAAGGGCAGCUUCUGGGGAAGUCGAUGAGAUUGGCCUGUAGGUGGAAGGGGCAGUCUCUUGGUGCGGUUAACUGACAUCAUUAUUUUGAUGGUGGAAGGUUGUCCGCGAAGCUCGCCUUGA